AUGGUCAAAAAGACGCAGGUCAGUGUACCGUUGAUGGAUCUCUUGCAUAUUCCGUCCUACUCCAAGUUCAUCAAGGACAUCAUCAACAAGAAGCGACCAUUGACGUCCACUGAAGUUGUCAAGCUGAUAGAAGAAUGUAGCGCAGCUAUACUCAAUGAGCUGCCCAAGAAGAAGCAGGAUCCUGGGUGCCCCACAAUCUCUUGCUCAAUUAGGACCCAGCAAUUCGACCAUGCCCUAUGUGAUUUGGGGGCGAGUGUGAGUGUCAUGCCGAAAUCAGUCUUUGACAGGCUGAACUUCACCAACCUGGAGCCAACCACCAUGACACUCCAGUUGGCAGAAUCAUCAGUCUGGUACCCGGCAGGGAUUGCUCAAGACAUCCCUGUCAAGAUCAGAGGUUAA